UAAUUUCAAAAGGCUUUGAAAAAUGCAAAUUGAUUUUUCUUUAAAUACUAAGUUAAAAAUGUUACGCCAUCAAUGCCAUUUCUGUGUGAUUAUGUUGCUUACUUUAACUAAUGGCGAAGAAUAUAAUUUAUAUGGUGAAGCUGGGCAAGCUUAUUCAUUGGAGAUCUAUUUGGGGACACCCAAACAACAGCUCAGUGUUAUAGUAGACACAGGCAGUACCACUCUUGCUGUGGCUUCCUAUCCGCGCCAUGAUAGUGACAAGUAUUUCCAUGCAGUUAAUUCUACUAGUCUUCAUGAUAGCGGUAAAGAAGUUCAAGCCAAGUAUUCCCAAGGUAUGUGGGUUGGUCGUCUCGCCUCAGAUUUUAUUGAAUUUCCAUCUGUACAGCAAGUACCAAAAGUCAGGUCUGAUUUUGCUGUCAUUACCAACAGUCACAAAUUCUUUAUGAAUGGCUCAGGAUGGCAAGGUCUUUUAGGCUUGGCAUAUUUACCUGUUGGUGCAUGGGGUAAUGAAGUAAUAGUUGGAUCAUGGUUGGAUUCUCUAGAGCACACUAUCGGCAAGCCAGUUUCGUUUGCACUACAGUUGUGUGGACCUCAGAGUCCUACUAAUGCAACACACUAUGGGAAAUUCUCCAUGAUCGUUGAUGACGAAAAAAGCCAAGAAAAAUCGAGUUUCCAUACUCCAAUCCUACAUAAGCGCUGGUAUGAAGUUGGAGUUUUAGGAGUGAAUGUUGUACAAAUUGACUCAUCAUCAAAAAACUUGUCAAAUAAAACAAAAAUUGAGGCUAUUGACUUUGCACCUUAUAGUGAUGAUUGUCAGCUGCUGAAUGCAGAGAAAAGUAUUGUUGAUAGUGGAACCACAAAUAUCAGACUUCCAGAUGAAAUAUACAGAAAGGUUGUAGGUAUGAUACGAAAGCGAGCACAAUCAGCAAAUAUUCUGAUUUUAGAUGAUUUUUGGUACCAUGGAGAGGCAGCUUGCUGGCCAGAGUUGCAACAAUGGACAUUACCAUGGUUAGAAAUUUACCUCCUAAAUGCUGACAAUGAUCGCUCUUACUUUACCCUGAAAAUACCACCACAGAACUAUAUGCGCGUCGUUUCGGCACACGAGAACAGCGGCGGAACUGUGUCGCAGUAUUGUUACAAACUUGGAAUAGAAGCGGGUGGAAAGGAUACGGUGCUUGGUUAUACGGCAAUGGAAGGAUUCGAGGUACUAUUCAAUAGAUCAGGUGGAUGGAUCGGUUGGAAUACUUCAAACUGCGGUCCCAACGCUUUACUCGAAGGACCAUUCUACGUAACCAAUUCCUUAGCAAGUGACUGCGAAUUAACCAAAUCCGAUUUAGACGCUGCGGUUUCUAUAAAAGCUGCCCAAUGGGCCCUUUUAGCUAUUUCCAUAAUCGCUGGAGCGGUUUUAAUAUAUUUACUCGCGCCCUGUUUAAAAUACGUAUUUUUCAAACGUAGACGAAACGCUUCUAGAAUGUCUAUAUCGAGAGACGUAUUGGUCGAUCAAGAGUUGAAUUAAAAAGUUAAUGUGGAAAGUCCAAAUGUGAUAUUAAAAUUGUUCCUUAACCUUGUUAUUGGGUUAGAGGUUUUUUGAAUCUUAAUGCAAUGGAAUAAGGUUCUAUCCAAUUAAGAAUAGUUUUUCUUAAAGAUACUAUGGUGAUGCGUUCUAUGAGUUAACUUUGUGGUUUUGUUUAAAUUAAGACGAUGAAAAAUGGACUAACUUUUCAAAGCAUUUGAAAAUCAUUGUUUUGUAUAAGUCAUUUAUUUUUACUUAAAGAAAGUCUUCCAACAAAGCAACGUGGUUGAAAGUAUGAAUUUUAAUCACAUCCUAGGGCAAGUCCCGAAUGCUAGUAUAAUUGUUAUUUUUCUUUGGUUACGAUUUUUUUUAAAAAAAAUUGGAUUCAGCGAUCAACUAGAUAAAUAUUUUUUUCAUAUAAAUAAACCGCAUCUAAAGAAAUAUAAUCGUUGAGAUACUUCUUUUCUUGUAACAAGAAACGUUUGCACAAUUAAUUCAAAAACCAUGUCAAAGUUUUCACUUAAGUUUGUAUAUUUGAUACACUACUUGGAAUGUAGUCUGAUAUUCCUACAUGAUCAGUAGUAGAAUGAUAUUAUGGUUAUUUAAAAUAACCACUUUAUAUUUAUUCAAAUACCUACGUUUAAUUUUACAAAAGCUAUCGUCUUAGUUUUCGUAUAUAUUCUUGUGAUUGGGCCUAUAGCCAAUACUUUUAAAUGCAUAGUUAUCAUAAAAAGAUUCAGUAGUGACAGUACUCGAGAGUUAGCAACGAAUAUUUAAUUUUGUAAUAGUUGAUUCUCUCACCAACUCAUUACUUUGUAAAACAUCAACUUUCAAUGGUCUCUGAAGGUAGCUAUUACUCUCUCUCUCUUACUAUUUGAAUAGUAGGUACGUUUUCUUACACGAAACAUACUAUUAGUGCGAAAUAUGCUUUUGUUAAAUUUAUCAGCUACCUAACUUAUUGAAUAAAUCAAUUUAAAUAGAUAAAAUAUUAUUUUCAAACUCUUAACAAAUGGGGUAGUUGCAAUAAUGGUGAUCUUAUGACUUAAUUUCUUAUUUUGAAAUAAACUAAACAUGAAGCCGUACUCUGAAACGUCAAAUAAAUUUAUCCUUCAUUAAUUCACGUUAUUUCAUUCUAUUGCUAUAGCAAAGAAAGUAAUAGCAUCAAAUUUAAUCAGACAAACUUUAAUAGACUUCUUUGAGUGCGGCCGUUAGAGAUUAUUGUUUGUUUGUAAGCAAUGUAUUCAUCCUUCGAGUGACUUUCAACUACAGACAUUUAAAUGCAUUGACUUCUUGACCUUGACUUUUCCUCAGGACAACAAGGUAAUAAUAAUGUAUAUUCAAUAUACAAUUUAUCUUUACAAAUAAGAUUUUGAAGUAUAAAUAAUGUUUAUUUAUGAUUAUGUAUUAUUAAAUGUGUUGCAUUUAAAGGAAGUUAGUCACUGUUUUUAGACAUAGUUUAUUAUCAUAGUGUCUAGAUUUUGAAAUGUAUUUAAUAUCGUAUUUUUGGUCACUUAAAUUUAUUUCCGAAUUCAGGCCACUAUUAUAAUUAAGUCACGUGUGUAUUUAAAUAUGUAUUAAGAUAAGGGUUUAAAGUUUUUUGCCAAUUAAUUAUAUAUUUAUUUACUAAUAAAUUUAUGAACUUUAAAAAAGAAGAACUAUGACAAGGUAUUUUGUUGUUUUAUAAUAGGAUGGGGAAAAAGUAUUUUCGCAUAGUAUGUAUGAACUUGUAAUAAAAUAUCUUUGGCUAUAUAGCAUUUUUAUCUGUCUAGUUCGGGUAUCUUUAAAAUUAAAACUUUUUUGAAAGUUCGAAUUUUAAAGAAGAUCUUGUUGAUUUUAAAGGAGAUUUUUAUUUGUUUUUCUUACUAAUGAAGAAAUUCGAUACAUUUAAAAAUAUUACUACAAAGAAGGUAAAAAUGUUACCUAAGUGGUGAAAAAGAAAUUGUGACGUCUGCGGAUCUAAGGCAGUGUCUGUGAGAGUAGCACAAAUUAGGUUUAAGCGUUUUCGAUCCGGAAAUUUUGAUCUCUAGAUGCACGUCGUUCUGGUCGUCCUGUUACGGAUAAAAUGGAUGCCAUUUUUUUUAAAGUGAAGCAAGAUCGGUAUGUCUAUAGUUACGACGUAGCUGAAGAACUGAGAAUUGACCACAGAAUAGUUUAAUAGUUUUGGCGCAUUUGAAAAAAGCUGGGUACACAAAUAAUCUCGAUAUUUGGGUGCCUCACGAACACACUGAAAGAAACCUAAUGAACUGAGUACUCAUUUGUGAUUCUUUAUUACGACGAUUUGAUGAAAUCAAACUAUUUUUGAAGGAGCUGAUAACUGGUGAUGAAAAGUGGAUCACGUACGACAAGAGCGUGCGAAAAAGGUCGUGGUCAAAGGCCGGCUUCACAGACUCUGGCGAAAUGACCACAGCAUCACCUUGUUGCGGGUUAACUCGCAACAAGGUGAUGCUGUGUGUAUGUUGGGAUUGGAAGGGCAUUAUUCAAUAUGAGGUGUUACCGCCAGGCAGGACCAUCGAACCAUUCUGAACUAUACUGCGAACAACUGAUGAGAUUAAAGCAAGAAGUUGAGAGAAAGCGGAAUUAAUCAACAGAAGUGUUGUGGUUUUUCAUCUUGAUAACACUAGACCUCACACAUCUUUAGCCACUCAGCAAAAAUUAAGAGUUUGACUGGGAGGUGUUAAUGCAUCCGCCGUAUAGUCCUGACACCUUCAGAUUUCCACCUGUUUCGGUCUCUUCAAAAUUCUUUAGGCAGAGUCCGGUUAACAUCACGAGAGGACUGCCAAAACCACUUGUCGCGAUUAAUUUAUCAGAAGCCCCAAAAUUUCUAUAUCAAUGGGAUCAUGUCCUAUACCUAUAAGAUAGCAAAAAGUUAUCGAACAAACUGGUACCUAAAUAUUUUAGUUAGAUGUAAAAAAACUUUAAUAAAAAAAAUGUUUUGAUAUUUCAUAUUAUAAAAUGUGAAGAAAAUUUUUCCCCAAUCUAAUAUUUCGAUGACUGUAAGUGUCGCCGCACACGGGCCACACGCCACAGCCACAAACACCGCCACAAACACCGCCAUGAGAAGCUAGAAGCGGCUACUAAAGUGGCUGAAGCGCGCGACAGCGGCCGACUGAGGAAGGGAGAGAGGCGCAUUAAGUGACCGGGGCGGGCCACAAGAAGCGAGUAAUGACGAUUUGUAGCGUGUGUGGCGAGUCCGUAUAAAAUGUAUGAAAACUACAAGAAAUAUGCCGGUGGCGGCGUUUUGUGGUUGUGGCCGGUGGUCCGUGUGCGGCGACACUAAGUAUUUAAUUUUAGAGCAUGGACGUAUAAAAAAAGGCGGACAGAGUUUCGGCUAAAACAAUACUGAGGCACUGUAAUGGCGGCGGCUAUUGAUGAGUGAGUGAAUUGUUGGGUUGCUAGGUUAGCCAAUUUUUUUACCAAUAAAACACAGUAAAAACAUGAAAAUAUUUUGAUUGUUCAAAAUUUUACUUUUUGCCCGACUGCGGAGGAUAAUGUUUUUCGAGCGUAUGUAUGUAUGUAUGUCCAAUAAUUUGGCACGCCCUACAGCCUGAACGUCUUGACGGAUUUUGACAUGCGAGGUGUCAUUUGAUUUUUCGUGAUUGUGUGAGUGGCACUCGGUAUAUUAAAAUUUCAAAAAAUCAAAAUAACAGAUUUUAUACGCCAAAAUGAAACAUUUUGAAAAAAAAAGUAUAAGUAUUUUUAUAACCCGUCAAGCGAGGUAUCAAAGUGAAGGGUUUUAAAAGAAUAUUUAGAAAAUAUACAACUCGUGUAAUUAAAAAAUAAUGAAAUUAAAAUGUCAAAAAUAAAAAAAAAUGUACUAAAAAGAAAAAAAACAAGUCCAGUUGUCUAGUAUUCUGUUUAAUAAGGAACAAAGUUACUUUAACAGUCGGGACUCAUUAGAAAUUCUAGAAUGUAUCGAAUUUUCUCAAUAUUGGGUAAAUCAACUAAAUAUACAUGGCCUGGCCUGCAUUCUCUUUUAUUUAUGUCUCUUUAUAUUUAGUUGAUUUACCCAAUUCUCCGAAAGUACUCAUCAGAUCUCCAGUAAACUAAUAUGCAGCCAUCUCGCUAGUAAACUGAUUAAAACAAAAAAAGAAUCAUCAUAAACGGUCCACGAAUCUCGGAGAUCUGCGCGAACAACAAUAAAAAAAACAAAUAUGACGCAUUGCGAACCUCUUUCUUUUCGAAAUCGGUUAAAAAUUUUAAUCAACCUUUUGAGGUAAUGCAUACGUAAUAACACGCCGGAGUCCUCCUUUAGUUGUAUAUAAGUCUUGAGCUUCAAAAUUAAGACGCGCGCAGAAGAUUGCACGCGUAGUGGCUGACUAUUGUGUGAAUGUAUGCGUGCCGGCUUGUACGUACAGCGACCUGGCCGACUCUGAGCGACACAGUUUAUUGUUUACCGGGACUCUGUCCGCCUUUUUUUAUAAGUCCAUGUUUUAAGAGUCAAUAUUUUUGUUUUUGGUUUAAGUUUUAAUAGCAUAGUUUGAAUAUUGAAAUAUGCAUUUUGUAUAUAACUCACCCGAAUUUUAAUCUAUAUAAACUACAUAAAACACAUGGUAGAGUGUGUAAUACAUAUUUAUUUUAUUAAUUAAAUGUAGGUAUAUUUAGUUGUAUUUAUUAGCUUUUGCCCUGUCUUGUAGGUUUCAAUAAUUAACUUAAUAAUGCGUUUCAUUAUAAAAUUUUAUUCACAAUAUUUUUAAUAAACUUUUAUGACAAGUAGCAGCUAGAAGAAUAGGUAGUCUUCAAAUUUUACAAACUUACAAAUAUUUAUUAACAUUUUCAUGAAUAACAACUAUGAUAUUGUAUUGUUUGAAACUUUCAUGGUCACUAACACUAUAGGUACCUAUUAGCAGGAUUGCUACCAUAUACCUUUGUUUUUUUUAAACAAUGGAACAAUGAUAGGCAGAAAUCAGCUGUCGCAAACAUUCAGAGGGUAGACCGAUAUGUCUGCCAAUAACAUCUACCCGCAUGACUUCAGUUACUCCGUGAUCAUGGCUCUUGCAACAGAGCCGAAAUACCGAGCACUCACAAAAAAUAAGCUGCUUGGUAGCAAUCCCGCCAAUAACUAUAAUCCAAUACAACUGUGAUCCCUGACAUGUAUAAAUCUAUUGCUUUGUAAUAGUAUGUAAUUAAUACUUCGGUGGCCGAAGGAGGAUUGCUACCAUAUACCUUUGUUUUUUUUAAACAAUGGAACAAUGAUAGGCAGAAAUCAGCUGUCGCAAACAUUCAGAGGGUAGACCGAUAUGUCUGCCAAUAACAUCUACCCGCAUGACUUCAGUUACUCCGUGAUCAUGGCUCUUGCAACAGAGCCGAAAUACCGAGCACUCACAAAAAAUAAGCUGCUUGGUAGCAAUCCCGCCAAUAACUAUAAUCCAAUACAACUGUGAUCCCUGACAUGUAUAAAUCUAUUGCUUUGUAAUAGUAUGUAAUUAAUACUUCGGUGGCCGAAGGAAGAACUUUGACAGCUUCGUAAUCGUAUCGCAUCGUCAAAGUGUCUAUGAAAAUUAAGCAGGGCCAAUACAAAUACAAAGUUAAGGCAAUACAAAGUUUGGAGUAGUGAUGCCGAUCGAUAGUCGACUAUCGAUGAUUAAUCGAUAGUCUAUCGAUAGCCAACCAAUCGUGUGACAAUCGAUCGGCUUAUCGAUACUAUCGAUAGAACAGAACAAGUCAAUACUAUCGGAUAAGUGAAAUACUAUCGAUACUAUCGCUAGUAUUGUAGUUCAUUAAUAACAAACUAUCGAUACUGUCGAUUUUAUUUGCAACCAUACUAUCGAUAGUUUAUCAAUUUGCAAAAGUAUUGUUUACAAUUUUCAGGUAUUAUAGUCAAUCACAAACUUUAGUCUAAAUCAAUCGCUAGUAUCGAUACUAUCGAUAGUAUUGUUGCAGAUAAAAUCAAUAAUAUCGAUACUAUCAAUAGUUUGUUAUUAACGAUCAACGAUCUACAAUAGUAUCGAUAGUAUUGCUUUGUUCGGUGCUAUCGAUAGUUUCGAUAUUAUCGAUUCUAUCGAUAGGGUACAUAGGGAUUUUCGAUGUAAUCUGUUGAUAGUUUGAAUCACGAUGUACUAUUACGGAUUCAUCAUAGUUUGUGCUUGGGCCUCAGUUGCAAUCAGCAUCGAAUGACGCACGUUUUUCUUACACGGCAGCGCAUAUAUAAAUUUAUGCUUUCGUUAGUGAUUCAUGCCACGUGAACCAAUAUAAUUUUCGUGUCUGUUGUGUUGGCUGAAUUCAGCUACCUCACAGACAAAUAAAUAAAUUACGACUUCACCUGUUUUUGACGGUGACUGGACAACAUCGAAACGAAUCAAUGUUUAUUUUAAGUUUUGGUGAGUAGGUCACUAGAUAUUUAUUUCCAAACGUACUUAAUGUUGUAAGCUCAAAAUAUUGUACCUAGUUCAUAAAUUUAAUUCAUAAGUCAUAAUGCGUUAAGCCGCUGUAUUUUAAUGCCUGUGAUCUUUCUUGUCCUUUAUUUUCAAUCCAUUGUUAUUUAUUUUGAAUGCGAUGCUCACAUUUGUUGUGAAUUACUAUUAUAUGCAUACUGUAUUUAUUCGUUUUUGUCACUAGCUUAGUUCGAAGGUUAACAAUAUGUUAAUAAGGUAGAUCAUAAGGUUUUAUUUAAAAUUCUUAUUGUAUAUAAAAUCAGAAAGUAUUGAUUUUUGUGAUAUUAAUUUAUUAGAAAAUUUUCUUGAAUCUAGGUGGUAUUGUAAUUUGAAUUGACCAAUUGCGGCAAAAGGGUUGAAAGAAGAUAUUAUAUCUAUAUAACGAAAAUUAUAUUUAUUUUUAUCUAAUAAAAAAUAUACCUAUGUCACAAAUAGUAUUUCAUUUUUAUAUUUGAUAUUCAUUUAAUUUUAAGCAACAGAUAUGCAGGAAUUUACAAGUUUU